CGUAAGCGAAUACAAUUGUCACGAGACGACGCCGAACGAACGAAAAAAAUUUAAAAAUUAGUUGUAAUUACGACACGCGUAUAAAAUAUAAACUGUAGUAAUUAUUCGCGCCGUCGGUGUCUAUGUAGAGUGUAAGCUGACGGCUAAGCAUCCACACGACGAAGGUAACCACGCGAGACCGCACGACGGACACGCACGAGGGAAUUUGAAAGAUAUCUGAGAAGGCUAAGCUCCACAAGACCCCCUUGAAUGGAACCAAUGCUUUUAUCAGACAAUACCACCGCGAUGGACGUCGAUGGCGCCAACGAUGACGAUUACGUGUUGACGCCGCUACAACCUGAAGCCGGAGAUCCGGAACCAGAUAUCGGAAACAAUGAUGGCAAUGACGGCAGUGACGAGGUAGCUGACGACACGGAAACGGCAGCUGAUGACUACGUCCAAUCGCUGGUCACAAUCGAAUCCAACUGGGCGAACGAUUUGGCCGCCAUACGGAAGUUGUUGGAAGAAGGCGAUGGCGACGAGACGUGCCCCAGUUGUGGCAUGCCUUUCGACAAGGGCAAAAAGAGAAAGCUCAUCGACUCUUGCGGACACGAACGUUGUUACGCGUGUAUGUUCCGCAACGAGGGCUGUCCGCUGUGCGCCACUGCGGCGGCCGCCGAAGAAGCCCCGACGAAAGCUUCCAAGAAAUCAUUGACCGAUGAGCCGAUUUACGUGCAAAACACACGAGCCAACAGACCAAGGGUCAAGACUAACGGACACUUUUCGCCUUACGUUCAAUCGAGGCAAGGAUCACAGGAACUCAGUCAUUCGCCUAGUAGGCUUCCUAGACCUAACAGGAACUUGGACGAAGUCAUGACUCAAAGCUGUCCAACUCCUCCACAGAGUAGGAGAAAAUUUUUUCUUAGUCCGAAAACCAUACGAAAUCAAUGGUCCAUGCGCAGUGGAUCUAGGUCGCCUUCCGACAACGCACUCUCCGUAAUGUCAGCAUCGACAUCAACAGUAACUUCGGAUCAACGGCGAUGGUCUUCGGUGGUGUUGGGCAAGAUUAGAUCUUUGUGGUCGUUGAGAGAUGACGAAGGCGGAAAUGUAAAACCGCGUGGAUCAUUGAACCAGAGAAGUUGCAAUUCGGACACUCUGUACACAAGACUGGGACUGCUGUUGUCGAGGGACAACAAUUCUAGAUCGUUUACAGAGGACGUAUCCUUGGCGAGCAUCAACUCUAAACCAGUGUCGAGUAAUGGGAGUCCCGUAUCCACACUCACGGGGUCCUCGGAGACUGAACACAAAGCUAUCAAAGAGCAAUCAUCCGAUAGUAUUGGAUCUCUCAUGUCCAUGUCUGGACAAAGCAACGGUUCGUGUAGUCCUCUGACACGAAGACAUUCUGUCACUACGUUGCAAGCGGGCUCUGUAGACGAUUUGCGUUCGUUUAGAACGAGGCGACAGCCGACCAGGAGGUCCGCUAGGUCCGGGACAAUUAAAGGACCUAUUGAUCCAAAAGUGCGAUUUGCUCAGUACAGAACGUCUCCGCAGCAGCAGCAACAACAACAGCAGCAGCAGCAUCAACAGCAACAAGUGCUGGUGCUGAAACCAUUGUUCUUCGAGGUUCCCCAACAAGAGUCGGACCCGUUGUUCCUUGGCCGCGAGUGGCUAGUCCAGGACAUCAGUAAAGCGAUGCUGCACGCCCAGUCGUCGGGCGUUGUAGUGACUGGGCUGCCGGGCACGGGCAAAACGGCGUUCGUCCUGCAGCUCGUCGAGCACAGCUGUUUCGGCCGCCUGAAAUCAAAUGUGUCCGACGUGAACGCGUCGCAAACCUCGAUCAUUUCCGAAGACCUCAAGUCCUUGGCAUCGCGCGUGAUCGCUUACCACUUUUGCCAAGCCGACAAUAACAGCACGUGCCUUAUACCCGAAUUCGUACACUCGCUAGCAGCCCAGCUGUGCCAAGCGCCCCAGCUAAACAUGUACCGUCAACACGUGCUGACAGAACUCAAUCUUCAGGAUUCACUGUCGAUGCGCGAGUGUAUUGUGGACCCCGAUGCGGCGUUUACAAGAGGUGUCCUGGAACCGUUGAACGCACUCAGUCGACUGGCCAAUACAAUCGGCACUGGUGGUCUAGUGAUCGUCAUCGAUGGCUUGUGUGAAGCCGAAUAUCACCGGCCUGAUCACGGAGACACGAUUGCUUCGUUUUUAGUGAAGCACAUGCCAAAGUUUCCAGCUUGGCUCAAAAUCAUCGCCACAUUGAGAACUAACUUGGAAGACGCUUUACCAUCGUUACCGUUGACGAAAAUUUGUGUGGACGUAAAUUCGACGAACAAAGAAAAUGUGAUAAAAGACAUGAUGGAAUACAUCGGUUUCCGAGUUACCAACAGCGCCAGUAUUCAGAAUAAUUUGAUAGCCGGCACAACGGGACAGUUAAAGUUCUGCCAACACUUGCAAACCGCCAGCAAUGGAUCGUUUCUUUUCGCUAAACUCACUUUGGAUCUGAUCGAGAGAGGCCACCUGGUAGCCAAGUCCCAAAGCUUCAAGGUAUUACCUGUUACAUUGGCUCAAAUAUAUCAGCUUCAUUUCAACCUGAGGUUUCCGACGACUAGUUCGUUUGAAAAAGUCGCCGACAUUUUGAGCGUUUGCCUCGCUGCGCUCUAUCCGUUGACGAUUUUGGAAAUUUACUAUUCGGUUAACUCGCUAAACGUCGACGAAUUCAUUUCGUGGGAAUCGUUCUUGCAGAGGUUUAAGUUGAUCUCGGGACUGCUCAUAAAACGGCUAGACAAUACUUAUAUGUUUUUCCACCCAUCGUUCAGGGAAUGGUUGAUGAGACGCGAUGACAGCGAAUCGAAGAAAUUUGUAUGCGAUUUAAGAAAUGGACAUUUGGGAAUCGCUCUCCGUUUUUCAAGACUACAGGCGCCGCUAGAUAGCGAAAAGACCCUAGAACUGGGCCAUCACAUUCUGAAAGCUCACUUGUACAAAAACGUGUCAUUGCAACCUUUGGACGGCGCGUCGUCCAGAGACCUUCAGGCAAAUUGGCUGGCGUCUGUGUCGAGUAGUGUAUCGUCUGCUUUGUGCUCGAUGCGCAAUACGUAUGCUCCAAACGUUAAAGUGUCCCGGCUUCUGUUGCUCGCCGGCGCAUCACCGGAUGUCCGAACCGAUAUGCUGGGACGAGCACCAGCCAUUUGCGUUUACGCUCACGAAGGCGUCUAUGACAUGGUGGCGGUGCUGUUGGAGUUUGGCGCCUCAGUGAACGUGUCUAAUAGUCAGGGCCGAACUCCGCUGUGGAUGGCCGCGAGUCGAGGUCAUAUCGACGUGGUUAAGCUGCUGAUCGAAGCAGGAGCGUCGCCCGGACUGACGGAUUCUGCUGGCAGGUGUCCUCUGGUCGAAGCCGCGAAAAACGGUCGUUUCAACGUGGUGGCGUUCCUGUCAGGAUGCGAGUGGACCGUGACCGACCCUAGAACGGAGGUCGACCAUGCGGAUGCCUCGCAGCAGGCCCUGGUUCAGGCAGCCGGACGUGGGGUAGAUGACGUUGUCGAAUACCUGCUGGACGUAGCCGAAGUGACGGUGGACGGGCAUGACAGCCUGUCGGGAGAGACGGCAUUGACGCUGGCGUCGUCUAACGGUCACAAGUCCACCGCAGUGCUGUUGAUUGACCGAGGCGCUCAGGUGUCGUGCGCCAACGUGAAGGGCAUGAACGCUCUAGCGCUGGCUGCUCGUAACGGCCAAUGGGCAGUGGUCGAGACCCUAUUGCACAACGGAACACACGUCGACAUGGUUGACUCCGAGCUGAGGACGCCGCUAAUGAUGGCCGCUUCCGAGGACCAUUCCAGUAUCGUUGAACUUCUCCUCGACAGUGGUGCUGAUUUGAGUGCUGAAGAUCGCCAAGGACAGACUUCGUUGAGUUGGGCUUGUCUCAAAGGAAGAGUAGCUAUUGCCCAAUAUCUUCUAGAUCGUGGAGCACCCAUAGAUCAUGCAGAUAAAUCAGGAAAAACUGCUCUUGAUUUGGCAACUUUAAAUGGAAAUCCGGCCUUAGUACAGCUCUUAUUAGAAAGAGGAGCGUUGAUUGAACAUGUCGACCUUUAUGGAAUGCGUCCUUUAGAUAGAGCAAUCAGCUGUAGAAAUGUACCAGUGGUGCAGAACUUCUUGAGAAGAGGUGCAAAGCUUGGUCCUACAACAUGGAAUAUGGCAUCAGGAAAACCAGAUAUAAUGUUGGUUUUGCUCAACAAGCUUUUGGAAGAUGGAAAUACAUUAUACAGAAAAGGAAGAUUAAAGGAGGCCGCUUACAGAUAUACAUAUGCUCUAAACAAAUUCCCACCAGAACACGAACUGGACUCUACUUUCAAACAACUUCAAAUUAAUUUUUAUUUAAACACUUCGCGCUGUAAAAGAAAGUUGAAUGAAGUCCACGAGUCUAUAGAGUUUGCAGAAAAAGUACUGAAGCUGAAAACAACAUCCUUUGAAGCAUAUUACGCCAGGGCCAAAGCUCUAAAAGACCUGAGGAGAUAUGAUGAUGCGUUAACAGAUAUUCAAGAAGCUGUGAGACUAGUACCGUCUGGAAAUUCUGACAUUAGACAUGUUCUAUUCAGACUCAAGGAUGACAUACAGAGCAAAUUGGCUUUGGACCAUGCUGGACUCAAUCAAGAGAUUGCUGGACCUUCCUACCUCUGAAUCUACAAGACAAUGUUCCUAAUGACAACAUAGAUAAUUAUUUCCUAGCAAUUUAUUUAUUUAUUUUUUGAUAACUGUGGUUUUCCACGGUUAUUUUUAAAAGAGUUAUUUAGAAACGAAUUGACAUGUACGUACUUAAUGAUAGGUUAGCUAGUUAAUAAUCAGAGUAAAAAAAAAUUAUAUUGCAUUAAAUAAAAUAAAAAAUAUUUAAUGAGACAUUGAUAGUGUGUACAACCAAUAAUUUGAUAUUAUGUAUGACAACAAUUAUUAUUAUGA